AAUUAACAGUAAUGUUGUUUCAUUCAUUACUGUAAAGCAGUCAAGACACUGUUAAAUGACUUUAGAUAAAACAUUCAUUGUAGAUAACACAGAACAUUAUUGUAAUCAACCGGUGAAAUACAGAAAUUAUUUAUGAGACUAAAUGAGAUUAUUUUAGUAAAGUAUAAAGAGUCACACUGUCACGUCCACGUCUUGUGACCUUGUGAGUGCAGCUCCCUGUCAACAUGAGAUAGUUUUGAUGGCGUAUCCAUGGUAAGGGCGAAAACAGACAACUGUUUUGGUAAGAAGAAGAGCACAAUAUUCCCAGCAGAAGAAACGGGCUGGAUACUUCAGGUGUGGUGACCUCUGCCCACCGGUAGAGCAGGUUGCCGACAUGGCCUUCUGCUACAUUACACUAAAUAUUGGAAUAGAUUGUUUUACGUGUAUGUUACUGUAUAUUUUUCAAUGUAUUCCAAUAUAUUGUUGUUUCAUAAGAGGUGCAUUUGGAGUUUGUGAGCACUCUGUUUGGAGUGGUCAUGGUGGAUGUUCUGCUGGACACAUACCAGCUAAGUUUGAUCACCUUUUGCUGUUUGCUGACUAAAAGACUUAUGUUGCCCAGGUAAAAGGAUCCUCAACUGCAAACACAGGCGACUAUUCUGCUGAGGCUACAUCUCAUAUUCAUCUGGAGAGGAUCAGACACAGUUUGGGGGGUUCUUGUCGGACGCUCAUUUAUCUUUUACUUUGGCGGUGUUCCUGUGGAUAAUUAUUUCUGGUUGUUUCUUUUGUUUUUCUAUGUGAAUUUGUUUUUGUGUUUGAGUUUGAACUGAUGUCACAACAUUACCGGUUUUACAACUGUUAAUGAAAAGAUCUUUCAACGUAGUCCGAGUCCAGACGGUGUAGUUCACAAUUUACCCAGAUGGUGGCGCAGGCAGACAGCAGUUUUGAACUUGCUACCUGAUGAUUGUUUUGUCCUAUAAUUUUAUCAGUGACAUACAAUUCAUCAUCAUCAUCAUCAUCAUCAUCAUCAUCAUCAUCAUCAUCAUCUUUAUUUGUGCAGCACUUUUAACAAUGCCAAGGAUAGCCAAAGCGCUGAGCACUACACACAUAAAAACAUUUGCUGAAAAACAACUAAGAUUAUUAAAACCACUACUACUAAAACAAAAAGAGCACAGGGGCACAAAUGAGAAGACAACUAUACAUGUGCUGUGCACUGAUUCUCCUGUUAUAUAUCUGAUUAAUAUGAAUACAUUGGAAAAUACUGAAACAGCAGAGUGAUAAAUUAACGUCAAGGCCUAUUAAAACAAACAGAACAGAUACACACCUGCACUUUAUUAUGUGUUUUUUGUUUAUUUAAUUAUUUUUGCUGUUCUCCUUCCUUCUCUUUAUGAAGGGCGGUCAAAAUGUGGCGGUGCAGUUUGGGCUUCAGAAGGAGGCGGGCUCUGUAGGAGGCAUAUAACUCCUCCUGGGCUCCUUCCUGCUCCUCUACACAGGCCGGGACGGCAGACACAGCAGCCCCUCUCACUCCCAACAACUCACGAGCACGCGCACUUAAAGUGGCUGAAAAGAUUUAGUAAAAACUUUUUUUAAAUAGAUGAAAAGGGAACUUUAGCAGUGGGCGGAAUACAUCUUGUUUGUGAUUUUUCUGAACGUAAGUCUGUUAUUUAUUACUGGAAGUUUGGACACGAUGAGGAUUUUAGUCGUUGCGUUCCUGCUUGUUCAAGCCUUGGUGGUGUCCAGAUUAGUCAGUGGUGCUGCGGUCGACAGGCGUGUGAAUGACCGGCAGCGACACACAUCCGUUUUCAAACUGCUGGACACGACUAGAAACCAGAUGAGGACAGAGGAGCUGGAGCACACAAGCACAACAGUAAAGAACAAUCAAGAUGCCAAGGAAGACGAGGACGAAUACUAUGACGGCUAUGAGUCUGAUGAUGAAAUGUCUGGAGAUUACAUGCAUGAGCCACGAGUUGCGAUGUCGGUCAAACCCCAAGACAAAUCUUCCGUCUUUGAGGCUGAAAACACAGAGUUACAUAGAAAGAGAGGAAAGGGGAAGAAGAAGGGGAAAGGCCUGGGAAGGAAGAGGAAUCCCUGCCUGAAAAAAUACAAGAAUUACUGCAUUCACGGUACCUGCCAGUACCUCAGCAACAUCCGCUCGCCAUCCUGUGUGUGCCACCUAGAUUAUUCUGGGGACAGGUGCCAGUUCUUUACACUUCCAGUGCAGUCCCCAGGAGACUACAACAGAACAACAGCUCUGGCUGUGGUGGCAGUGGUGCUGUCGUCCAUCUGUCUCACCAUCAUAGGCCUGUUAUUACUGCUCAGGUUUCACAAACGGGGAGUGUAUGAUGUGGAGAGUGAGGCGAAGGUCAAACUAGGGUUGACACCAAACAAUUGAAAAGAUUAAAAGAGACAAAAAUUCAGAGAUCCUACCUCACACUAAAAAGAAGCGCGACUGAAGGUCCUGAAGGAGAAGAGAGCAUAUGUGAGAGGUGUGCGUCUCCCCACCCUUCAGCCAGAUGUUUCACCAGAUGUUUGGAUGAGCAGCUCAAAUUCCAGCUGCUCUCAGAUUACGCCAGUCUGGAAACAGACUACUGAAAGGCUCAGAAGAUGGACUGGAGAUGAGAAGAGACAAGCACAAAGAAACAGGUUUUUGGACUGUGCCGCUUCUUGAUUGAAAAGGUUUUAAAAGCAGUAAAAGCUAAAUCUGAACUAUUUCCUUUUUCUUUGCAAAGAAAAACAUUUUCUACUUUACUGCACAAAGUCAGCCUUUUUAUUUCUUUUGUUGUUUCUUUUGUUGCAUGUGUAUAGUGAAGAUAUAUUUAUGAUUUAAAUUUAUUUAUUUAUGCUUUAACUCUAUUUAUGAAACAUGUUCAUUUCAUUUAGCAGUUUUAAAAACAGUGACAUUACAAUUCUUUUUAUAUUUCUUUUGGGACAAUAUUUAUGUUUGAAAUAGAAAAAAAGAAAGACUAAAAUAAAUUGGAUGCUCCCUGAGUUCCUGGAUGUUUAACGAGAAUACCUGAACCCUUUAGACUUCAGUUUGGCCAAACUAAAGAACUGUGACUGAUACAUUCAUUUUAAGAUAAAACGAGAACAAUGCUUCAAAGCAAAGUUUAGAGGCUGGUGUUGAGUACAGUCAGCUGGGUUUGGUUGUACAGGGAACCAGUACAACCAGUAUAUGUGGGUUCCAGAUUCUUUAAGACUUGAUAACAGUUGGGAAGCUCCCAGCUUGUUUACAUUUCCCCACAUAACUUAGUCCUUCUGGUUCAGGGAUUUUACGGCCAUUAAAAAUGCGAGGCCGUUACAUUUUGCAGCACUGGUUCUCAGCCCAUUUCUGCAUCCAUGUCCAUGUUGGUGAUUCUCAGCGCACUGCAGCAAAAGUCGGAUGUGAAUGAAUUGUGAUAUUUUAUUAAAGGAGAAGCGUUCAGGCUCUCAUGGGAGAAAAUGUGAAUUCAAGUGUUCUGCCCUUUCAAAUUGUCAAUUGUAAAUUAUUUCUUUUAAGAGCAAAAUAAAUAAUUAUCCUCA